GAAUUCACUCCUGUGUGUCUUGUCCAGCCAGAAGAGCAACAGCUCCACAGAGAAAGACACGAGCGCGUUUGACAUGAUGCUGACUGGUUUCCGGUACCAUUUAGCGUAACGGUUUAGCGGUUUGAGGUUUUUUUUGUAACCAAGAGACAACCGGACUGACCAAACAAAUCACGGAGCACUCAGUAGAGGACAGCGGGGGACGCUCACGCCGCUAUCAGAGAUGUCCCUGUUAUGUGUGGGAGUGAAGAAAGCCAAGCUGGAUGGACCCCAAGAGAAGUUCAACACUUAUGUGACUCUGAAGGUACAAAAUGUGAAGAGCACAACCAUUGCUGUCAGGGGCAACCUGCCCAGCUGGGAGCAAGACUUCAUGUUCGAAAUAAAUCGCUUGGACCUGGGUCUGACAGUAGAGGUGUGGAACAAAGGUUUAAUCUGGGACACCAUGGUCGGCACUGUGUGGAUUCCCCUGCGGAGCAUUCGACAGUCAAAUGAGGAGGGUCCUGGGGAGUGGCUCACACUGGACUCUCAGGUCAUCAUGACUGAUAAUGAGAUAUCUGGCACCAAAGAGCCCACUCUCCACCUGGUGCUGCUCGACACUCGCUUUGAAUUGCCUCUCGAUAUCCCUGAGGAUGAGGCACGAUACUGGGCUAAAAAACUGGAGCAGCUCAAUGCCAUGAGGGACCAAGAUGAGGAGCAGGAACGGCCUCUACGUGUACCAGGAACCCAGUGCUGUAACUGGAGUCUUUGGGGAGACCAACAAAAUGAAGACCCAGAUAGUGCUGUGGACGACAGGGACAGCGACUAUCGCAGUGAAACCAGUAACAGCAUCCCCCCUCCCUACUACAGCACAUCCCAGCCCAACGCAUCUGUCCACCAGUAUCCCAUCAGCCAACAGCACCGCAGCUCCAGAAGCCUCUCGUACCCGAGCUCUGGCAACAGCCAUGACCUCGAUUACCAACAUCAGAGGACUGUCAGUCCCUCGGGGAGCUAUGCAUCGUCUGCAGAGCUCAGUCGGUGCAGCAGUCAGCUGAGCGAGGAGGACUAUGGCGUUGAGUAUGGAGAGAGGGACCCUUACGACGAGAACGACUCUUACCACUCCUGCCACUCCUCGGUAAGCUGCAGUAAAGGUUCUCCAGACUGGGACCCCGACGAGACUCAGGGGGCGUACAGCGAUGAAGGCGGCUACAGCAAAGACGGAGGAGAGGAGGCGGCUCUGUACGAGGAGGAUGACGGAGGACUGUAUGAGGGAGAGGAGGAGGGCCUCUAUGCAGAUGAGGAGAUGAUGUAUGAGGACGAGGAUUUGUACAACCUGGAUGGGACCCUCAGUGAAGACAUGGAGCCUCCAUUUACCCCUACCCCAACGUCAACAGCCCCCGCAACUCUCGAUGUCCCCAGCUCCAGACCUCCUCUGGAGAAACAGCCGUCCUUACACCAACAGCAGCCCCCUACUCAACCCCCCAAUCAAACAUCCAGCCAGUCUCAUCCUCCUGGCAUGGCCCCAUCAGCACAGCCCCCCUCUGGUCAACCAGCACAACCAGCACAACCACCUAAACAGCUCCAAACACAGCCACAGCCACAACCGCAGCCUGCCCCGUCUGCCACUUCCUUCUUCUCCAUGGCCAACCCUCUAACAGCUGCAGUCACAGGCUUGGCCUCUACUUUCCUGUCUUCUGUUCCGACCGCGCAGCCUUCCCAGUCUCACCCUCCAGUCCAGUCUCACCCUGCAGUCCAGUCUCACCCUCCAGCCCAGGCUCACCCUCCAGCCUCAGCCGCAUCUCAACAACACCAGUCUGCCAGCGUUGCACCUUCAUCCCACCCAGCCACCAUGGCUAACUCGGCCUCCCAGCCCCCCUCGAGUACCACGGGCCCUUCCUCCCAACAGACCCUGUCCGCUGGGCAACCUCCAUCCCAUCUCAACGGUCCUGCCACCACAGAGUCAGUCGCCCCUGAGAACCAGGCUCUCCAGCUGGAGGAAGAGCCAUGGCUAGAAGAAGAAAUUAUGUUGGAAAAAGAGGCCAGGACGCCCCCUGCUCAGCCAGAGGAGAUGCUGCCCAUGGAGGAGAAAGAAGAGCAUUUUGAACUGAGCAGGACGCCGACGCCAGUAGAGGAAGAAGAGACGCCGCCUGAGAGUCCUCCAGUCAUAGAGGAGCCCAAAGAGCCGGUGGAUCCAGCAGUCAGAGCCAAAGAGAACUGGCUAAGACUCUAUAACAAAGUCUUACAACAGCUUCGGGAGGCUCGAGGAGAGACCUCCAGCUCGCUGUGGUUUGGUAAAGGAGGAAUGGGAGGUGCGCUCUACAGUAUUGACAGCAUGCCUGACCUUCGCAAGAGGAAAGCCAUUCCUCUUGUCAGAGAUCUGCUAAUGUCUCUCGUGCAGAGCUCUCGUAAGGCUGGAAUCACCUCCGCCAUGGCUUCCACCACUCUCGGCAAUGAAGAGCUGAAAAGUCAUGUUUAUAAAAAGACCCUGCAGGCUCUGAUCUACCCCAUCUCCUCCACUACUCCACACAACUUUGAGGUGUGGACAGCCACCACCCCCACCUACUGCUACGAAUGCGAGGGGCUGCUUUGGGGAAUCGCCCGACAAGGCAUGCGCUGCUCUGAGUGCGGCGUCAAAUGCCACGAUAAGUGCCAGGAUCUGCUCAAUGCUGACUGUCUGCAGAGAGCUGCAGAAAAGAGCUCAAAGCACGGGGCGGAGGACCGAACCCAGAACAUCAUCAUGGUCCUGAAGGACCGCAUGAAGAUCAGAGAGAGGAACAAACCAGAAAUCUUUGAGCUUAUCCUGGAAGUGUUCGCCCUCGACAAAACAACACACGGCACGCAGAUGAAACAAAUCAAGCAGAGCGUGCUUGAUGGGACGUCCAAAUGGUCAGCAAAGAUCAGCAUCACUGUGGUAUGUGCUCAGGGCCUGCAGGCUAAAGACAAAACAGGCUCCAGUGACCCUUAUGUAACUGUUCAAGUUGGGAAGACCAAGAAGAGAACCAAGACCAUCUAUGGAAACCUCAACCCUGUCUGGGAAGAAAACUUCCACUUUGAAUGCCACAACUCGUCUGACCGCAUCAAGGUUCGCGUGUGGGACGAGGAUGACGACAUCAAGUCGCGCGUGAAACAGAGGUUCAAACGUGAGAGCGAUGACUUCCUGGGCCAAACCAUCAUCGAAGUCCGGACUCUGAGCGGGGAGAUGGACGUUUGGUACAACUUGGACAAGCGAACUGAUAAAUCUGCUGUGUCAGGAGCCAUCCGGAUGCACAUAAGUGUAGAGAUCAAAGGAGAGGAGACGGUUGCUCCUUACCACGUCCAGUACACCUGUCUACACGAGCAUCUGUUCCAGUACACCACUGAGGAGCAGAAUGGUGGCGUAGUAAAGAUCCCUGAUGCCAAAGGGGACGAUGCCUGGAAGGUGUAUUUUGAGGAGACGGCUCAGGAGAUAGUGGACGAGUUUGCCAUGAGAUACGGAGUAGAGUCCAUCUACCAGGCCAUGACCCACUUCGCCUGCUUGUCAUCUAAGUACAUGUGCCCAGGAGUGCCAGCAGUGAUGAGCACCUUGCUUGCCAACAUCAACGCUUACUACGCCCACACCACCCAGUCCUCCAACAAUGUUUCUGCCUCGGACAGAUUUGCCGCAUCAAACUUUGGCAAGGAGCGCUUUGUCAAACUGCUGGAUCAGCUGCACAACUCCCUCAGGAUCGACCUGUCCAUGUACCGGAAUAACUUCCCUGCCAGCAGUCCUGAAAGACUACAAGACCUCAAGUCUACAGUUGAUCUCUUGACGAGCAUCACAUUCUUCAGGAUGAAGGUCCAGGAGUUGCAGAGUCCCCCCAGAGCGAGCCAGGUGGUAAAGGACUGCGUGAAAGCCUGUCUCAACUCCACCUACGAGUACAUCUUCAACAACUGCCACGACCUUUACAACAGGGAAUAUCAGACAGACCCUUCGAAGGCAGUCCCUCCAGAUGAGCAGGGUCCCAGCACCAAAAAUCUGGACUUCUGGUCCAAACUCAUCACCCUCAUCGUCUCCAUCAUAGAGGAGGACAAAAACUCCUACACUCAUUGCCUUAAUCAGUUUCCCCAGGAACUGAACGUGGGCAAGAUCAGCGCCGAGGUCAUGUGGAAUAUGUUUGCACAAGAUAUGAGAUACGCCAUGGAGGAGCAUGAGAAGAACCGCCUGUGUAAAAGCGCAGAUUAUAUGAACUUGCACUUCAAGGUGAAGUGGCUCUACAAUGAGUACUGCAAGGAGCUGCACACUUUCCAGAAGCAUGUACCUGAAUAUCCAGCCUGGUUUGAACCAUUUGUCGUCAUGUGGUUGGACGAGAAUGAGGAAGUGUCAAGAGACUUUCUGCAUGGAGCCUUGGAGAGGGACAAAAAAGAUGGGUUCCAGGUCACAUCAGAGCACGCUUUGUUCUCCUGCUCAGUGGUGGACGUGUUCUCUCAGCUCAAUCAGAGCUUUGAAAUCAUCCGCAAACUGGAGUGUCCCGACCCUCAGAUCGUGGGCAACUACAUGAAGAGAUUCGCCAAGACCAUUGGCAAUGUCCUGCUGUCUUACGCUGACAUCAUUGAAAAGGACUUUCUAAAUCAUGUCAAGAAGGAGAAAGUGCCAUGUAUCAUCAUCAAUAACAUCCAGCAGCUCAGAGUUCAGCUGGAGAAGAUGUUUGAGGCCAUGGGGGGCAAAGACCUCAAUUUGGAGGCUAGUGACUUCCUCAAGGAGCUGCAGAACAAACUCAACAGCGUUAUGGACGACCUCAGCCGCAUCUUUGCUGUCAGUUUCCAGCCACAGAUCGAGGACAACGUGAGGCAAAUGGGAGACAUCCUCGCCCAGGUUAAAGGUCAGACCGUCCCGGCCAACGGCAGCGUGGUUCAGGAGGCCGACAACGUCCUGCAGCCCAUCAUGGACUUCCUGGACAGCAACCUGUCGCUGUUUGCUAAGAUAUGUGAGAAGACCGUCCUGAAGAGAGUGCUGAAGGAGCUGUGGAAACUAGUGAUGAAUACAAUGGAAAAAACAAUUGUGCUUCCAACACUCACUGACCAGACGGGCACUCAGAUGAUCUUCAACGCCGCGAAGGAGUUGGGCCAGCUUUCCAAGCUCAAGGAGCACAUGGGACGAGAGGAGGCCAAAGCUCUAAGUCCUAAACAGUGUGCAGUGAUAGAGCUGGCUCUCGACACUAUUAAGCAAUACUUCCAUGCCGGUGGUGUAGGCCUGAAGAAGACGUUCUUGGAAAAGAGUCCAGACCUGCAGUCUCUGCGCUACGCCUUGUCUCUGUACACCCAGGCCACAGACAAGCUCAUCAGGAAGUUUGUCCUCUCACAGAGCGCUCAGGUCCACGGAGGGAAAGGGCUCAGGUGCACGGCAAACGAAGACACACCGCCAGAGAAACCAUGUGGAGUGGAUGCAGUUGGCGAGGUGGUCAUGUGCGUGGAUAUCUUACCCCAACCUAAUGGAGAACACAAGAUCAAUGUCAAAGUGGUGGCUGCUAAUGACCUGAAAUGGAAGGCGCAGGGCUUCAGGCCCUUUGUGGAGGUCUACAUCAUCGGUCCUCACCUCAGCGACAAGAAGAGGAAAUUUGCCACCAAGUCCAAAAACAACACCUGGUCACCCAAGUUCAGUGAGAGCUUCCAGUACUCCUUGGGCACAGAGGUGGGUCCAGAGAGCUACGAGCUGCAGGUGUGUGUGAAGGACUACUGCUUUGCCAGAGAGGACCGCACCGUGGGCAUGGCCGUGGUGCAGGUGAAGGACAUAGCCAGCAAGGGCAGCGUCACCUGCUGGAUGCCGCUGGGCAGACGUGUCCACAUGGACGAGACGGGCCUGACGGUGCUGCGCAUCCUCUCUCAGCGCAACAACGACGACGUGGCGAAAGAGUUCGUCAAGCUCAAGUCGGAUCAGCGCUCAGUUGAGGAGGGCCGCAGCUGAGGGGGGCGGCGAGAGCGAGGACACGCGCGUGUGCACAACAACACCCAGAGACAUAGUAUUAUGCACCUAUAGUAGUCACACCCGCAUAGAUAGACAACCAUGUGCAAUACACAAGCACACACAUGCUCUAUUGUACAUAUAUCUGCAUACAUUAUGCAACAUUUACAUUGCAAUGUUAUCAAUGCAAACACGGAGGAAUAUGUUUAUAAACAUUCAUAUUUAAUUUCAGCAGCUCAACACUUUAGGGUUAGCCUCACAUUAGCACGUGUCAACCCCUCACUCAAUCUUUCCCAGAACACAUCACACCUUUUAUACGCCGUACUUUUAGAUGUGAUAUAAUGCAACGCAGAACGACAACUAAACCAUGUGAAUAGUUUGAGGACGACCACUUUGCACUUUUGCUUCUCUUGUCUUCAGGAGAGCAGUUCAUGUCCAGCUAUGCUCUGUCCGUCCGUCUGUCCGCUGCCUACCUGACUGUGUCGUUCUCCCAGUCCGUCAGUCUUUCUCCCUCCUCUCCCCUCCUCGCUGUUUGUUCUGCGUAGCCUUCCCGCGGUGUGAUGUGUUGUGUUGGUUGGAGUUCAGGCACAGAUAUAAGAUCAGCUCCCUUUUUUGGCCAAAAAUCCAAAUAGAGAAAAAAAUCCGCUGACCUUAGAUCAGCAUCCAGGGGGCAACGUCACUGCUAGUCUGUCCUGUAAUGUACUAACGUCCUGCAUGUUGACCCCAGGAACACUGUGAUUCACUUUGCUGUAAACUUGGCAACCACCCUCUCCCCCUCCCACAUAAAAGAUGGGUGCCUACAAUAUUUUACCUGUGUGAGCAUGGUGCAUAUAUAGCCCUGGUACAAUAAGGUUUUAUAACCCAACUAACCGUCAUUAUCAUGGAGAAAACACGCCGACAGUGGCAACAUGCUGAGCCUGAUAUGUGAUGUGUUGAUGGAGAGGACGGGUGUGGCCACAAUGUGCAUUUAAAAAAAAUGAUUUUCUUGCUUCACAUCACUGACAAACGGAGCAAUACACCAGUGUCAAACACAUCCACACCCCUAGAGUGCACAUUUACUCCAAAAAGGGCUACAGGAUGAUCAGUGGACUGGGAUGUCAGUUUACGCUCUAAUACAUACUGUCCACGCUUCUGUUGACCACAAGGUUUCCCCACGUGGCCCCUCACCUACCCAAACAACGUCACACUGCAUACACACUCCGAUACCGAAAGUCUUUCAUGAGUGACCCUGUGGAGGAAACCUAAAGGACACGCGAUGCUGAAGGACACUUUCCUCCUGAUCGCCUGCACACUAAACCCAUCUCUCUAAGGCAAUAGUGGUUUGUUUGUAUGUUCACUGAACAUUGUGGUUUUUACGAAGAACAAACCCCCUGUGAACACUGCUGUGUCUUUUUGUUAUCGUGUGUGUGCAUGUGUGUGAAGGUGUGUGUGAGUGUGUGUGGCAAAAUGGGCUCUGAGAUUGAGAGCAAUAUAUUGUAUCUACAUACCCUAAAUGUAUGCGCUGUCAGUAUAAAUACAGGAGCAACAACUGCAAUAUCCAGAUCCAAGGAAUGGAAAACGUAUGAUUCUUUUUUUAAUUUCAUUUCAUUUAUGGAAUCAUAAAAUCCCUAUUCCUGUUGGAAGUGUGUAAGCUUUUUGUCACUUUUUGGAUAAGAAGGGAAGUGUUUUGUCCUUGAAUUCCUAUUUGCCUUUUGGACCAAAUUUGCACGAACUAGAGCUCAUGUACUUUUAGUUUUUCUUUUCAAAGAAAGAAGCCAUCGGAGUCUCCGCCAAGCAUUUAUGUUGUUUCAGUUUCAGUCUUGUCACGUGCGUUAGUGAACCCUGUUACCUUUCAUUGCAAAAAGGUGAGCAAACACUCAGUCAUAGUCCGGCUCGUCUUCUAGUCUCUUUGUGAAACGUAAUGACGUCAGUGCUCAGUGAAGCUGCUGGUCUGUCACAUGUUGUCUUUACUGAAUACUGUUUAAUUUAAUAACCAAAAACAAAGCUUCUGAAUGUUAUUUAUUCUCAGCAGAGCCUUCUUUCUACAAUCAGAGGGACAGUUAAAUCCAAAACCACGACUAGCUCGGGGACACCGACUCAUGCCUUUAAAUUUAGGCGUCCAAAUUUCACUUAAAUAAAAUGGAUAGUUUUGGGUGAACUCGCCUUUUAAAAUGAGCUUUCCACCCCAUUUAACACACAGUGCAGUUACAUUGUUUAUGUGUUGAAUAAGUAAUCCCAGGGCUCAAGACAAAACUUUACAUGUCAGGUUGUAGCUGAAAAAGUACGAAAGAAUAACAUAACCCAUCGUCCAGUUUGGGGCUCGUUGGUUGCCUGUUUCAUGUAUGUACGCACACUACACACUACUGCACACACGCACACUGAUGACACACACAUCCAGACACCAAUCUCUGCUCAAGCACAAAAGGGCACAUGUAAGAUGACACACAUGCAUGCACGCCAACUCUGUGAAGACCAAUGACGCCCACCCUGUGAAUAGAAUCCACUUACAAUUGCAUGAUGGGAAACUUUAUCGUGCCAGCACGUGUCUCUUUAAUGUGACUUUUUAUUUUCCUUGUUUGUUUGUUUUUCCAAAGCUAUGUAAUGAUAAGUCAUUAAUGUUUACUUUGUUUUGUUUUUUCCAAAAAGGCUUGUGAAUACGUCAUCUGUAACCAAUAUGAAUGUAGUGUGAACACAGAACUCGCAUGAGAGAAUUAUUUUCUACUAAAGGAUGUUUCUAAUUUGUUUCUUAUCAUUAUUGAUUGUUCUUUAAUGAGGUUGAAGAGGAACUGGAAUGCAGCCUGAUUGUGAUCGGCUUCCUAUUAAAAGGACAUUUGUGUCACAA